CAUUUCAGUCGCUUACAAGUCAGUUGCAUUAGAGGCGAGGCUAAAUAUCUCACAUCGGCGACGAGAUCUCCUCUCAACAUGUUUUUUGGUCUUCUUUAUCCCCUUCUAUUUGAAGUCUCUGCUCUAAUUCCAGAUCCAGUCUUUUCACAAGGUUCGUUAGACGCGUUUACUAAUACGUAUCUCUUUUUGUUUUCAGUGUUAGAACAUUGAUUUUGGUAAUAUUCAGUUAUUCAUAGUAAUUUAACUCAAAAUUUGGAUAUAGUCAGAUGUUCCCUGAAUUCGAUCAGUCUUUGUUUUUUGUUAUAUUUUCACUUGGCUAGUGAUGGGCGUUGCCGGAAUUCUCUUAGGGAGCUUGUUUCAACAAUUUGCGUCAUAACUUAAAAUUCGGGACGCUGUUGAAUGGCACAAAGUUCAGUUAACUUCCUUUCAUAAAUAUCUGCUGUUAUAAAGUUGCAUAGUUCAAGUCAAUCUGUUGCCCUCCAACGUUCAGCUUUUCAACUUGGUCAAAUGCGACUAACACUCCAUCACUCUACAUCGACAAAUGUUUUUCAAGAGUAAGCUUAGUCAUUGAUUGAAAAAGCCUUUAUUCAGCUUCAAUUUAAAUUCUUAAGGUAGCCAAAAAAACGGCUACACUCCUUUAAACCUGGAUAAAAUUACGGCUUUCGACCUUUCCAUGCUUUUGCUCAAAAUAGUUUAUCAAAGACUUCUAAAAUUGGGUUCGCAGAAACAUUCGAUACCUAUGUCUGUCAGAUCAUUGAUUGAUGUUCUUCAUUUUUCCGAAGGAAAGUUUGAAAAUUAUGUUAUAGUUAGAUAAUUAAUACUGAGGAACACAAACGAAUGAUAACAUUACAGUACCGAGGAGCUAGAAAUGUUUACAAUUUAAAGGUUUGUGACUUUAAUUACAAAAUGUUAUUCUAAAAUGUUACCUUAGUGAAUAAAUAUAUUUAAGUCACUCAAAAUGCGUGUAUAUUUAUGGUAAAUGACACGGCAGAUGUUGAUAACUGAAAAGGUAAGACUAUACAACUUUAUGUUUGAGAGGUUCCUGAACAACUAUUGAAUAAAUUAAGAUCGAAAUGGCUUGUUGAAAUGGCUGCGAAAAAUCUAUCUGUGAUAUGAUCGUUUUAAGUGUUCAACGAAGCACUUUCUCUUUUUUUAUCAAACUAAAAUUUUCACAUGUUAUCCCUCUUUAUCUUGAAAAAUAUGGCCUGAUUUUACCCAACUUGACCGAGGGCCUCCGGGGCUGAGCACCAAACAUAGUUUGGCGACAACAGUGGAGGAAAAUUGUUAUUCAAAUUUGGUGAAAGUCAAGGGACCCAAGAUGUUAAGAUAGCUUCGAGCUAUUGGCAAAAUUAUAUCUGUUUUGCUUCCAAUUGGCGAAAUUUAUGAAUUCUAAAAUUAAGAAAGGUACCACUGUAACAAUGUCGCAACAUUUCUACAACCUUUCAGGUACUUGGAAUGGAUAGCUGCUGAAUAAAAACGAGGGAGCUGACAAAAUUCACCUCCAAUUAGAGCAAAAAAUCUAUGGGGAAGUUAAAAUUAUUUAUUAAAGGCUGUUUUCCUUGGUCUUGUAUGAUCUGAAGGCACGUUUCGGCCUCUAAUUAAACGUCACAUAUUGUAAAUGCUCAGAAUGUUUUUAAAUAUCUUCAUAUUUUACUAGAGGGCUAAAUAUCGUGUAAAACACUUAAAAUAUCUCAUAGGUUUAAUCAGCUGAUAACCAUGAGAACAAUUCUGGCACAGAACUGAGCAUCGUCCCGAAAAUAAAGCGAGAGAAAAAAUGCACGGAUCAGCUUAAAUUAGCUCUCGAUACUUCAUUAAUACGGCAAGAGUACAAAUUUUGUCUUAGUCGUAGAGAGGCAGGGGUCACCCCGAAAUUAUUGCGAGGGAAGGGGAGGAGAUGAAUGAGAAGGAUGAAGGCUGAUACUGAUCGGCCUUGAAACCAUUCUUGAAAAGGUUUUUUCUUUUUUUAGGGUAUGCCUCAAACGUUGCAAUUUAAUGAAGCUGAUCUACUACUGACAAUAGCAAAAUGGUUUUUUAUCUCCCUACAUAGCGGAUUUCGCUAAAUGAAUGUUCAUAAGAUCUAGAGUCCCAUAGUUAUGAUAGACAUCAAUUAUUUUGAGUGGUAUGGGGGUGGGGGGGUAGUGUUCUAUAGGCCACUUUAUCCAUUCUUGUAACCAGCAAGUCCCUUCCUCCUCGCUCCCUCCUGUGAGUGGUGCCAUCAUAUCCAUGUCCUUUUAUUACUGAACUGUUCUUCUUUCCUGUUACAGAAUCAAACCCUGUGUAUCGCGAGGGCAACCUCGCCUCCUCCACAGGAACCUUCCUGAGACGUACAUUCAUUAAACACGAGUUUCAAUACUUGAAUGUGCCGCUUGUUGGAACAGUGGUAGUGUCUGAUGUGUUUGACUGCACGUUAGAAUGUCUCAGCAAUCCGUUCUGUUUUUCUGUAAACCUGGUCGCCUUCAAAGGAGCCCAUGGAAAACUUUGGUGCGAAUUGUUGUCAUCUGAUAAGUUCAGAAACUCCACAGUGUAUAAAGGGAAUAAAAGUUCGCAUCAUUUUGCCAUUGAGGUAGGAAACACUCUUAAUUUUGACAAAUAAACGUGUUAAGAGUUUGACAGCUUUGUCAAGAUCGUCGAGAGAAUGCAGUCAGGUUAAAGCCACUGCAAAUGGCGUCGGUCUGUUGUCGUAUUCAUUGUGGUGACAACCGUAUUUCCAUGGCAUGUUGUAAAGCAUGCAAACACUUUCUCGUGCCGCGCACUAUCUUACUUACUUACAACCUUUGUUUCCCAGGCACGUCGGCAGACUAAGAAAAUACAUGUGACUCGGUUGAAAAUUUGAGUCAAGAUACCAGAUUCUGUUUAUUUAAAGAAUGGAUUAUUGUUUAAAUCGUCAGUACUUGGUUAGCCUUUUAGUCAAUUUUUGUUUUAAAAUGUUUCAUCGACAGACUUCUUCAGUUUCUGCGAACGUUUGAAACAGUUAGAAAACCUUUCCAGACUCAUAGAUCCCGACGGCUUCGCAAUAUAUUUUUAAUCUCAUAAAGCCACUUUCUAAAAUACCAGCAAAGGAAGUAAACUCAGCAAAAAUCUUAAUAUUGUAAAUGAAAAUAAAAAAAUAAAUAAAUAAAAAAGCCUAGAUGCUAUCAUAUGAGGUUUAUACCAUGAAAAAAUUUUACUAAAGCAAAUCCGGACCAGAUUGACGGAAUAACGCGGAUUGGCAUGUAUUCCCUAUUCAAAGUACAUGGAACAUUUUCCUACUUUGUUUCCCUACAGUCACCUUGCUCUUCGUCACCUUGUCAACACGAGGCUGCGUGUGUCACAAACUAUAAAGAUGGCUCGUUCGGAUGCCGCUGUGCAAAAGGCUUCAAAGGAGAAUAUUGUGAAAAAGGUGAAAAGUUUGGCAUGGCGUUACAUACUAUAAUUCACAAGUGACUGCUUUAAAUUUUUUACUUAACUUUGCGGCUCGAAAAUGUUCUAAAAUAGCUAGCGAAAAUAUAUAACAAAAAACAUAUUAAAUGCAAUGCAUGAAGAUGUUGAAUCUGUCGAUGCUCAAGUUAAUUAAGCACCUGACGGAGAAAUCGAAAGGUCUGAGGUGGGGAACUGAAUAUUUAUUUUUUCUUUUUACUAACCUCUCCUCAGGCACCAAUUAUCAUUUUUUAUCACGAGGGAGGGGGGUGGAGGAUUUGGAGGAUCACAUGAUCUUCAGGGAGACUGAGGAGAGCGGAUACAUGAGAAUAUUGCAGAGCCUUAACUGAGGGGGGGGGUUAUUUUCAUCGUGCCACAACCAAAAUCCUCUGACCUCCCCCCCCCCUCCCUCCAUCGGCGGUAAAUUAUAACUGGUAUCAAAGUAAUAAUUAAAAUAUCUUAUUGCUCAAGGAUUUUGCUAAUGGCUUGAUACAAAAAUGUACAACUACUCUUCUUUUGUGUCCCCUACUGGACUGUGAUGGAGCCUAAAUAUCACAAACACCUGACUUUUAUUUUUUUUCUUUACAUUUAGGUAUUGGGUCCUGCAAAGAAGCUUACAACCUUUUCAAGUAGGUGAUACCAAAUGAUUAUCUUUUCGAGCAUAAAAAAAGAAUCAAAAUUAUCGAAUAGUUUCGACGUCAAUAGAAGAUUGUUCGCCGGAAACUAAUAUGACCACGGGGUAAUUUAUUAUUAUCAACUGAGUUAGUAACGUAAAUUGGCCACCGUAAAGAGUUUCAAAGCUGACGUUUCGAGCAAUUGAAGAAGGGGUCUGACGAAGGGCUUACGCUCGAAACGUCAGCUUUGAAACUCUUUACGGUGGCCUAUUUACGUUAUCAACUCAGUUGAUAAUACUAAAUUACCCUGUUAUACUCUCCCACCGAUGCAUCACCACAGUUUCUUUAGAAACUUACCCCCUCUAAUAAUAUGAUCAAGAAUGGAUGUUUUCGUAUCAAGCAGGUCAAACGCCAGUCAACUGGUUCCACUGGAUCUUGACUCUAAACCAAUUACAGUUCUCUGUCAGAUGGGGGAUUUUGGAUGCGGAGAUGGAGGAUGGACGCCUCUAAUGAAGAUUGACGGCAGCAAGGUAAGCCUCAUAUGGCGGAAUAUUCUUGACGGGGUUUUCUUGCGGGUGAUGAAGCGGGAGCAAGAAAUUUUCAGAAGCGUUGAAACUACGAUAGAAUCUCUUAGCAACUCGCCCAUAUUCUUAUCGCGGUCCCUGCUUGCAGAAAUUCCUCUGGCAUGAGUGCUACUGUACCCUAAUAUCUAAAACGCCUGCAAGGACCUGCAAGUAGGGUAUAGAUUGAUGGCUUGUACGCUAACUGUAUUACUGAUUUCAUGAGGUUCCUGCCUUUGGUGAUGCAUCGUGUUAUUUAUGUUUAAGGAUAAAUGAAAUCUUCUUAAUUCUUUUCAGGCAACGUUCCACUAUGACUCGCACUACUGGAGUGAUAAAAACCAAUACAACAUCCUUGGCGGGAGGACUGGGUUUGACUCACAAGAGACCAAGUUACCGACCUAUUGGAACACACCUUUCUCCAAGAUCUGUCUCGGUAUGAAGAUAAGUGGACAGCUCAGGUUUAUUGUCAUUAACAAGCAGGCCAACUCUCUGUACUCUUUGAUUGCUGAUGGGACAUACCGCGCUACUUCACUGGGUAGUGACGAGUGGAAGAAGUUGAUUGGUGCGGAGGGCUCUUUGCAACUGAACUGUAACAAGGAGGGCUUCAAUGCUGUAGGUACUUCAAGUUAUUAUUCUAAAGCAAGAAUUGGUUAUAUUGCUAAUGAGAAAAUAAACUGCCACAAUUGUGACUCCAGAAUUGGGUUUGGUACCGGAGGAUAUCCUGAUAACUCCACUACGUGUGGAAACGUAGCAGCUCGUUCCCCAGAUAACGGUAACAGAAAUAUCAAAGCUAUGGGAUAUAUUUUGGUGCAGUAA